AUGACACCAGCAGUGACUCCGUGGUUUUCCAGUUUGGAUGGUGCAGGAGCGAAUAAUCCGGCGUUCAGAUUGUAUUUCACCGAUGACAAUGGAGUAAUCAACGAUUUCGAAACUUACUAUAUAAAUCUGACCACUCUGAACAAUGACGGAAGUAAAACUAAAUUUGUCAAAGAAUAUUCCUUCAAAGAUAUCUACAAUGUAAAAGGACCAAUCGACGUGAAGACGAUGGAUAGCAUAGUUGAGAGGCUGAAGAACGACACCGAACUUUUUCAGAAGUACAUAGAUUACAACUCCGUGUUAUGGGAUCCAAAAAUGCCUGAAGGCCGAUUCAGGGAUGCUCAGUUGUGCUCUAUCGAAUUCGCCGACUAUCCUCGUUAUUAUGCUUGUAUGGCACACCAUGGCAAAUCGGCAUCUGUCCUCAACAUGUUGGCACCUAUGGCCUUAAUUUUAUCGUUUUUCUGUUUUCUAUGGUGA